CUCUUUUCCACAAAAGCACAAAAAAAAUAUUUUUUAAAAUUCCAUUUGUUCAUUUUUUUUUUAUAGAAAAUAUAUAUAAAUAACUUUCUCUCUCUAAAUCCUGUUUUCUGAAGUAUUUUAUUCUCUGUGUUUUUUUCUUAAACGUGCACAAACGCGCUGAAAGUCUCUCUGCAUCAUCAAAAAACAGCUAUGUACUCAGCUGUGUUGCUAGUCUUUAAAGUCCAAAUUUUUGGAAUAGUUUUGAAGAGGGUCUUGAUCCAAAUAUCAACACCUUGAUUGAAUAGCCACUCGCUAUUCCGUUCUGAUACAUGUAUCUGGUGAGUAAGGAGAUUUGCAACAUGAGAAAUAGUUGAUUGGAACCCAUGAUAUGGUUUGGUAAUGGGGUCCCUAAACAUGGAGAAGAAGUGGAUAUUUCCCCUUGUCAUAAGCUCUCUCAUAUGCAUAUUCCUUCUGGCCACUACCUUCAACAUGGGUCUUGUUUUUUCACUACACACAAUCAAUUCAAUCAUUUCAAUUUUUCCUUCUCGCAUAGCUACAAAUCAAUCAAGCUCGGUUUUUGCUGAAUCAAAGGUUACACAAUCUCCACCCCCUCCUGCUGGCCCAACGAUUCCUCGUUUCGCUUAUUUGAUUUCUGGGUCAAAAGGUGAUUUGGAUAAGCUUUGGAGAACUCUUCAUGCUCUAUAUCAUCCACGGAACCAAUAUGUUGUUCAUUUGGAUCUUGAGUCACAGGCAGAGGAGAGGUUGGAACUUGCCUCCCGAGUGGAAAAAGAGCCAAUUUUUAUUGAGGUUGGGAAUGUUUACAUGAUUACCAAAGCUAAUAUGGUCACUUACAGAGGACCCACCAUGGUUGCUCAUACUCUUCAUGCUUGUGCCAUUCUUCUCAAGAGGAAUAAGGAUUGGGAUUGGUUUAUCAAUCUUAGUGCCUCUGAUUAUCCUCUUGUGACACAAGAUGAUCUUCUUUACACGUUUUCGAAUUUAGAUCGAAACCUGAAUUUCAUUGAGCACACAAGCCAGCUAGGAUGGAAAGAGGACAAACGUGCAAUGCCUUUGAUGGUAGAUCCUGGACUAUACAAGACAACCAAAUCAGAUAUCUUCUGGGUCAAUCCUCGGAGAACUUUGCCAACAGCUUUUAAAUUAUUUACAGGUUCAGCAUGGAUGGUUCUGUCACGUUCAUUCGUAGAGUAUUGCAUCUGGGGUUGGGAUAAUUUACCUAGGACCCUUCUCAUGUACUACACAAACUUCGUGUCUUCCCCUGAGGGCUACUUUCAGACUGUCGUUUGCAAUGUGCCUGAUUUUGCUAAGACUGCAGUCAACCAUGACUUGCACUACAUUUCUUGGGACAACCCCCCCAGACAGCACCCUCACACCCUUACCCUUAAUGACACAAGCAAGAUGAUUGCUAGCAGUGCUGCAUUUGGUCGAAAAUUCAAAACAGAUGACCCAGUCCUGGACAGGAUUGAUAAGGAUCUAUUGAAGCGGAAGAAUGGGAGCUUCACCCCAGGUGCUUGGUGCUCUGGCAACCCAAAAUGUUCCAAGGUUGGGAACGUGAACAAGCUCAAACCAGGCAAGGGAGCUCAAAGGCUUCACCGCCUUGUAACUAGGUUAACAUUGGCAGCUAAGUUGGGGAAAAAUCAGUGUAAAUAGAUUUUGUGGAACUUUCUUGUGGAUGGGAAAAGAUUUUAAAGAAGAAAAGAUAAUAAUAAGAAAGAAGAUCUAUAUACAGGCACAACAGUUGAAUGGAAAUUUCUACUGAGGGGAAGAUUUCUGAGGCUGUAAGUGCAGUUAUGGACUCAUUCUUGUUAAACUUGAAGGCAUGUUAGUGUAGGUAUGAGCAUAGCCAUUCAUUGUUGUCAUGGUCAGUCAAAGAUGACACCCAGUCAUCCUUCCUUUGGUAGGCUCUGAUUACGUUGGACAUGUAUACUUCUUUACCACAAAUUUUCUCAAUAUUUUUUCUCCAAUUCUCUAUAAUCUUUUGGCUUCAUGAUAUUUGAGAUCUUCUUUUUGUUAGACUCCAGAAUUUGUACCUGUAAUUUUUCUGGUAAUGGUCAGAAUUAGAAACUCAAUUAAUUACUAUAAAGAGAAACAUUCUACCGUGUU